AUGAAGCGGAAGAGAAUCUUGGGCGGCGCGGAGCCCGCGAACCCCGACCAAGUCGACACUACCAGGCCGCCCAAACGGAAGCGGAAUGUCGUCCACGAAGCCCCGACCUCGGAAGAGGUAUACUCGGCCAGGCAGUUGCGGCAGCUGCUGACGUUCGAGCAAGACCUGCGAAAGUCCAGACAUGGCCUCCAGUCCUUCAAGGACUUACUCGACGGCAUCUACAAUGAAGCCGGGGAGAAGGACGAGGCCAAGAUGGAAAUCGUCGUCCAAUUCCUCGACAUGACCAAGCCAAGAGCGGCCGAGACCGAGACCGAGGACGAGGCGCCUGUCUACCUGGCAGACAUCAUGGAGGCAUGGAGUAUGGCUUCGCAGAUGAGCAAUGAAAACGUCAUGUCGGCUGUCGCCGUAGUACUGGCUCUUCUUUUGAAGCUCAUAUCAGCCCAUGUCGAGCUCGUGCCUAGCGGCCUGGGAAUCGCCCGAACCAUCUUGCAGAGACGCCAGCAGGAACUUCUGGCCAAGAAUCUCUCUGCCGACAAAGGAAAGGAUUUUAUAAUAUCGCCGACGUUGAGAUUGCUCAGAGAGGUCAUCUGCCUGGAUGGUGGCGCGCUUGCCUUGCCGGCCUUCCGCGCGAGGACUUACACCCUCAAGUCGCUGGCUCGAAACAUGGGACUGCGCUUUCUGGGAGACGGCAUUGAGGACCCCAAGAGACCUAGUGUCAGGACCAAUGCAGUCAGAGUCUUUCUCAGCUGUGUGAAAUUCAUUCACGUCGAAGCCAAGCGGGAUCUGCUGUCGCAAAAGGACCUCGUUGCUGCUUUGAUGCGCAGCCUUCGGGAUGAUCCUCCUUACUUGAUCUUCGAGGUAUUGAAUACGUUGAGAAGCUCCGUCGUCUUGGACCAGAAGCUCUCCAAGGAUGUCAAGAUACGACUGCUGAACUCGCAAUCCCUGGCGCGCAUCGCUUCGCUGUACACCUACAAGCAUCAACAGUCUGCGGAAGAAGAUAGCCAGUCCGUUGCCCAGGCAGCCCAUGAUUUCUUAGUAGCUGCCUGCACCAGUCCGUCUGCUGGAAUUAUUCGGUCUCAAAACGGUUACUAUCCCGACGGUCUUGACCCAGAUGUCUUGCUCAACGCUCAAAGCGAUGGGGCCGGUCUGCUUGGUUUGGAAAGUGUUUCCUGGAUUGACAGUUUCGUCGACGAGGUCCCAGUGCGCAACACUCUGCUCUCCGAUUUUAUCCAGACCUUGAGACCAUGGUCGAGUCUAAAACAGAAUGAGCUUCUUGUGGCGAUCCUGUCGGCUUGUCCUGAGCUGAUUGCCAACUACUUUGCCAAUAAGAAAUCUUUCAGUUUCGACCCCAAACUGUCGGCUACGUGGAUAGGCUAUUCUACAUUGUUGUUCAAUACCAUUCGCCUAGAUAUCCCGCAGUUCUUCGGCCACUCCAAGAAGUAUGCUAGGUUACCGCCACCGACCGCCGUCGUACUUGGCAACAUCCUCCCGCUUCCACUCGAGCUCAAGGCCCUCUCAAAAUGUCUAAGUCAGAAGUCCAACCUGGUUUCGUUCUUUGCAGUUCGCAUACUCGUUAUAUCUCUUGAAAAGCUUUCGACUGCAUUGGACAUGCACAGAAAAGCAUCUAAUGCAUCUGAUACUAUGUGGCAGGACGCUUCGCGCCGCCUCAUCGAUGAGUUUUGCCGGAGAGUGCCUAGUAUCAAGGAAGUCAUUACUGCUUAUCGGGCUUUGUCGGAGGAUGAUCUUCUUCAACGAGUUGCCGCGAGCCGACUGCUGGUACUGUACCACGACGUCAUUCCUCAGGCUGCUCUUGGGGCAAAAUUCGAUUUCUCUCCCGUGCUGUCAGCGGCCAUUAAGAGAUUCGAGUCCGCCCGUGGUAAUGGAGAAGAAGCUUCCUUGCGGCUACUGGAGCUAGAGAACCUGUUCACCAUGGCGAAAUACUCUCCAAGCAUGAAGUGGUUCGCCCGCAGCGACAAGUCUCAAGCUUCGCCGUUUAUCACCCUUCUUAGUCUCUACACAGAUAAUUCCCAAGGAUUUGCCACGCCAAACGUGCAGAGGAUCCUCGGUUUCAUUGCUGAAGAGCACGAGCUCGUCAUACGCCUUUCAAAGGUCACUGGCCUGCGACCUCUGCUUCUCGCCCUAAGAACGCUUCCUGAUGUUGAUCCAGGUAUCUGGACAUUCCUUGACAACUGUUCAGAUCGUUGUGCCAGAUCUCCAGUCAAAUAUCAGGAACUGAUAUCUGAGUUGGUUGUUGAGAAUUCCAAGGACGGAGAUGGCGCAGUAGAGGAUGCGCUGAGUCCCCUAUUAAUGACAAUGGUGGAACAACUGCCAUUCUUCGUGUCCUCAACCACCGACAAGAAAUCGCUGGUCAACAUGGCGGAUUUUCUCUCUAACUACCUUGGUUAUACCAAAGCAGCCGGAGGUAGCAAGAAGCUACUAAAAGCAGUUCUUGACAAACUUUCAUCAGCUCUUGGAGACUCCAAGGCACGAAAACACCUUUCCAUCUUAGACCAGACAACAUCUCCGGAUGAGAUGGAUAUAGACCAGGUGCCCCAGCAAAAGGUCAUGGCUUCAGAAGACGAUGAAAACGCCCGCUUGAGCGAGGAGCAGCUGCAAGAAGUGCUUGCAGUCCCAAUUACGAUUAGCAAAGACAACAGUGCCUUGGUCAAGUGGACUUCAAAAUCGCCAGAGGAGCUGGUUGAGGAAGGCUACACUGCCUCCGUUGUCUGGCUUCUCGCGUCUGAACACCCAAGUAUCCGCAAAGAAGCUCUCACAAGUGUCAUCAAGAUAGCGGCCAAGAUCAAAGAGUCAUCUUACGAAGAAAGUGAGCAGGUAUGGCUCCUUCUCUCGGAGCUGAUUGAGACGGUCAGGCACAGUGAUGGAGCCACAAUACCUAACUCACUCCUUGCGUUUGUGUGCCGUGCGCUUGAUGUGCUCAAGGUUCCCACACACUGCCUGUAUCCCAAGUUGAACACUUUCCUCACCCGUGGUCCGGUUUGGGAUCUUGAGAAGAUUCCACUGGUGCAGGAUAUCCUUCAAGAAGGACCUACAGAAGAUGACGCCUACUAUACGGAGCUCAGCUGGUUAUUCAACUACCUCUUGGACAGUUUACGGACGACGGAGGAUGUGGGACUUUUCCACAAGCGGAAAGUUUUUGAGCGACUCUUUGCCCUCAACUCCAAUCCGUAUAUGGGACCCAAUCUGCGCAUACAAACCCUGAAAAUCAUAUACAGAGUCAGCUCCAUAGAGGGGGGCAGUGAUACCUUGAUCACUCGAUUCGGGGUGAUCAGUUGGUUGGAGUCUCAGAAGGCCGUGUCAGGCAGCGAUGCUGGCCUGUGUCAUGCUUUGCUGAAGAGGCUAUGGGCAACAUGCGAUCAGAACAGGAUUUCGACAUGGAGCCGUAAUGCAGUUAAAGAUUUGGCUGAGAAGUGA